GCGAUGACUUCAAUUUUUCUAUUGAUAACUCUCCUUACUUAUAUAGCAAUAUACCUUCAUAACCUGCAUAUGGUGUUUUUGUCUCUCAGUUGAUUCGAUACACAAGGGCAUGCUCUUCGUAUGAACAGUUUCAAACAAGUUGAUAAAACAGGACUAUAAAUAGUUUCGCUUGAAGUAAUCUUUUCGUAAGUUCUAUGGAGGAAACCGCUUAUCUUGAUUAGAAUAUUAGUUUUCAAUCAAUUAAUGUACAUAUUGAUAUCCAAGGACAUAAAUCUUUAGCUAGGGACACAUGUAGAAACAGAGUCUCUCCUGAAACUUAAUGUUAAAGUGAUACCAUAACACUGAAACAGAUACCAAAAAUGAUCUUUUUUUCAAAUUAGGAACGUCCCUGGAAAACAUAUAAAGAGCAAAAUACAUGAUUCCCUUUACAUCAAUUGUUUCUUAUUAUAACAUUUUCUUUUAUCAAUCAACAGUAGCAGAGUUUUUUAUUAAAUGUUUCUUUUCUGUGUGUUUGCAUUGCACUAAUUUUGCUUUAUUGAUUCCUUAUGCAACAAAAGCUUAACAGGUCUCUUUCGGUAAAUGAUUUUUUUAUGUAACUUUAUAUUUGGUGGGAGGGAGGAAUGAUACGCAUUAUUUUAUUAUUACACAAAGCGUAUACAAAAUUAAAAGAAUCAAUUGUUGGUAUGACCAAGAACUUUUAACAUACUUGAGUAAUAUGUUGGGCACGAUUAAGAGAAUGGAAGAAUUGAACGAAAACAAAAACAAAAUUGAUUCAAAAAAGAAAGUUUUAGAUUUGAUGAGUCCUUUACAUAUAAAAAAUCGUAUUUCAAAUUUUUACUUAAUGAUAAUAUUUAACAUGUUUUUUGUUAAAUGAAAAAAAUGACAAUAUGAAACCGUCAAUUUGAUGAUGGUUUUGUGUUUAUAUGGAAAGAUUACAAAAAUAGAUAGCGAGAGAGGUUUUCAUUUGAAUUAAUAGAAAGAAAGAAUAGAACAAGAAUUGAAAGAAAUAGAAAAAAGAGAAAGUUUUAGAUAUGAUGAAUUCUUUACACUAUAAAAAUCAUCUCCAAUUUCCUAUUAAAUGAUUAUACAUAAUCUUUUUUGUUGAAGCCAAUUUGAUGGUUUUGUGUAUAUAGGCAGAGAGUAGAUGAAUUGAUAGACAAAGUUUAUCAAUAUUAUUUUCAAAUAAAAAAAGCAUGAUGUAUAUAUAUAUAUAUAUCAAGAAAAGUUUAAUAGAUAUUUCUAAAUACACCAAAUAUAAUUGUAUAGCUCUCGAACGAACUGACACAUAUAAGGGAAAACAGAAAUGCAACUCCUUUCUUGGCAAGAAAAAAGAAUGAAAAUAUUAUUAUAUCUACAAAUGUGAUUGAAUUAAUUAAUGUGAUUAACAACAAAAAUGUAAUAAUUUAAUUGAAAAUGUCUUUAAAACUGACAUAAAUUAUAGUGUGUAUUGCUUUAAACAUAAAAAAGAUACAGAAUACUUUGGAUAAUCGGUUAUUUAACAAAUUUAUUUAUUUUUGAGUGAUUGCGUAAAUUUUUUUUUGUAAACGACAACAGGUAUAAAUGAUUAGCAGGGUAAAUUCCUCAAUUCAUUUGUAUUCUCUUUAAAAGAACUAAUUCGUUGAAAAUGGCAUUUGAAUUUAAAAAAAAAAAAAAGAAAUCACAUCGGGUGGUUUUGUGCAUUGUCAUCAUCUCCUAAAAGCUCGUUGAAAUUCAUCCAGAUUUAAACAGAUAUUAAGUGUUUGGUGCAUUGCAAUGUCUUUUCAGAGGUAAGGUUGCUGCUCAAAUUUUUACGAACGUUUUGUGUAAAUAUGAGACCAAAUCAUCGCCCUAUGCUAUAGAUAUUCAUAGACUAUUUUCAUUCACCAUAAAUUUGAAAAUGUUUACAUUCAAACUUUCAUAAACAUAUGUUAACACUAGCCAUCCUUGUUUGUCUUAUUUAUUUAAAUUUUUAAAAACAAAUGAGACAAUAUAUAUAUUUAUGGCGAUAAAACACAUAUAUCAGAUCAAAGUUAUUAUAAUAGCCUAGCCGUCAAUUUGAUUAAUAGAUAUUAGAACGCUUAUACACCAUUUAAUGUUCAGUUAAAUUGUUGAAAAAAAAUACAGCAAAAAUAAACAAAUUUUCUACACUUAUUUACUAAUAGCACAUGGCCCAAGCUCAAAUACUGGAUCAAACACAAUUAUCCUAAAAACCAACGGUAUGAACUGAUGAAUUAGUUUGUAAAAAUAUCAAAAACUAAACGGACGUCUGUAUUUAAAAUUUAUUUUAGCUCAGUAAUCAUAUGACUCAUUGAGAUUAUUUUGUGUAUCUAUUUUUUCCAGUCAUGAGAGCUUCCAUUUCCUUCCUGUUCAUUUUAGUUUAAUUUGAUUCGUUGCGUCCAGCCGACUGACAUAUGAAAUAAUGUGCUUAAAAUGUAUUUAAUAUAUAAAACUUCCUUUUUAAAAUAUGUUUUUCAAAACAAUGAAAGCUAACAGUUUAAUUUUCUGUAGGAUGAUUUUGUAUUAUGGCACUUUGUUCUUGUUCAUCAGACAUACAAAGGAAAACUUGGAGUGCAACAAAUUAGCCAGUCCUUGCUGCGUCAACCAAUAUCUUAAUGAAGCUAACAACAGCUGUAGUGAAUGUCCCUACGGAAGCUUUGGUAUUAAUUGUAAAUCAUCCUGUUCCACUGGAUAUUAUGGACGUCUGUGUAGAUCUAUCUGUGAGUGUAACGUCUCGGAGUGCCAUCACGUGACUGGCUGUGAAACGACCAAUGACACCAAUUCUGGCACAAUAUCGAUAAAACGUGUAACAACCCAAACCGAGUUACUUCAACUAUCAACAAUCGCCAAUGUAACUGGUGAAGUGUCUACCUAUCAAGACACCAAGCACAGUGGAGUGGAUCGUCACAUUCACACCGAGGACGAUCAUACCUCUCCAGUGCCAUCAAUAUGGUUUAUUCUGCUUGGUUCAUUGUCCUCCCUUUGUAUCAUUGGGUGUAUUCUCUUUAUACCCUCGCAGAAAAAGAAGUUGACGUUCAUAGGUACUCAAACUCAACGCUUUUCAGGGAUAAGACGGGUUUUUCUUUCUUGCUUUAAUCAAGAUCGUCAACAAGAACUGAUCCAGGAGUCCGAAGACAUUGAACUCUCUAAUGUUAACAGAACACAGGUAUGUGGACAGGAAGAAGACGACAGUCCGUACUCUGAGAUCAGAUAUUCCCAGUUCAUCGGGGGAGCCAACACAGUCGGAGCAUGUAUGAACACAUCGUUAUGUGCCAUGCAGAAGUGUGACUCAGACAAACAUCAUGACAAGUCAGAAAAACAGAACAUUUACCAAAAGUCUAUGAUUAAAAAUGAAUACGAUCACGUAAACCUGAAAGUGAAAUUUUCAGACAUGGGGUAUGAUAGGAAUCUCAGUUUACCACAUUCCAAUGAUGAGGAAUACGUUUCCCUCAUGAACAAGCCAUCACUUAGAAAAGAAGUCCGACCAAUGGAUGGUUCAAAAUGUCACAAUGUGACUCUUCCCAAAACCAAGAUAACAGAUUGCAACAAAAUUGGUGAAAAGGAAAGCAAACCCCAGGGUCAAUUAACAGGAAACAGAUUACAACUAGAAUCCAAACAAGAAGUUGACAACGAUAUCUCAGAAAACACCAAACACAAUUAUGUAGCCGCUGAUAGACAGCUUGACCCACAGAGUGACGACAGACCAUAUAGUUUGGCUGAGGGGUUGUCAAAAAACAAUUUAAGUGAAACGGGUUUGCCAGAAAACGAUUUUAAUAAAACAGAUCACAGAAACAGUGAAACAGAAGCACAGCCAAAUCAAUCAAAACUUAAUUUUUCUGAAAAUUUAAACUUGUCAAAUAACGAUUUAAGUGAAGCAUUAGAGAAUUCUGUUUACUCAAUGAACAUCGAUAUCCCUGGGAAAAGAGAAGACAUAAGUAGAGUGGGAAACAAUGGUCAGUCGAGCACAAGACCUUACAGUUUUGCAAAAAUACCAUAGUUUAAAUCAAAAUGCAUACCUUUUACCGGGAGCAAAACUCAUCAAUAGACUGUAAAUGAUGAUUAUAUUAACACAAAAUGAUAAAAUGGUUGAGUUUUUUAAAGACUGUUCAAUUUGAAAACGUUUGUUUUGAAUAAAUAA